UCGCUGCUCUCCAGCAGUUAUCUCUCUCUUCAUUCAACAAAUCAAAGUCAAUCACAUAUAAAAACCAAAAUCAAAACUAAAAUCUAGAGAGAGGACGAUCGAAUAAUCAAGCUCCAAUCUUUUCGGCGAUGGAAACCUCAUCUCGCCUCCUCUCCUACAACAUCUCGACUCUCCUUCCUCCCACUCACCGGAGCAACCGCCGGCGCACGCUCCCAUCAUCACGUGCCAGACCCCCCCGCCCCGCCGUCUACGCCGUCGCCACCGGGCCUAAGCCCAACAAUGCGGAGCCCUCGUCUCGAUCAUCGCCGCCCAAAUCCAUCAACGGAUCCGCAAACAGGUUUGGGAAUGUAUCGGAUGAGAUCAAGAGGGUGAGGGCUCAGAUGGAGGAGGAUGAGCAGCUGGCUUCGCUUAUGAGAGGCUUGAGAGGACAGAAUCUAAAAGAUUCGCAGUUUGCCGAUGAAAAUGUCCGGCUACGGCUCGUGGAGGUACAAGCAGCGGAGAGUGCUGAGGCAUUACCUCUAGUUUAUGAUCCUGAUAUUAUCUCGCGGUAUUGGGGAAAGCGUCCACGAGCUGUUGCAACUCGCAUUGUACAGUUGCUCUCUGUUGCUGGUGGUUUUCUAUCUCAUCUGAUUUCAGAUCUGAUAAACAAGAAGGUUAAAGAGAACGAAGUUGCUAGAGCUAUUGAACUGAGGGAGAUAGUGACAUCGUUGGGUCCAGCUUACAUUAAGCUUGGGCAAGCAUUGAGCAUCCGCCCAGACAUAUUAUCUCCUGCAGCAAUGACUGAGCUGCAAAAGCUCUGUGAUAAGGUUCCUUCAUUUCCAGAUGAUGUAGCAAUGGCCCUUAUUGAAGAAGAGCUUGGUCAGCCUUGGCAUAAGAUUUAUUCUGAGCUUACUCCUUCACCAAUUGCUGCUGCAUCCUUGGGACAAGUGUACAAGGGUAGGCUAAAAGAAAAUGGUGAUUUGGUAGCUGUCAAAGUACAAAGACCAUUUGUUCUUGAGACCGUGACAAUAGAUCUAUUUAUUAUUAGGAAACUGGGAUUGGUAUUGCGAAAGUUCCCGCAGAUUUCCAUAGAUGUUGUUGGGUUAGUAGAUGAAUGGGCUGCCCGCUUUUUCGAGGAGCUUGAUUAUGUGAAUGAAGGAGAAAAUGGAAUUAUCUUUGCAGAAAUGAUGAGGAAAGACCUUCCGCAGGUUGUCGUACCAAGGACAUACCAAAGGUAUACUUCAAGAAAGGUUCUGACCACAUCAUGGAUAGAAGGUGAAAAGUUAUCGCAAAGUACGGAAGGUGACGUUGGGGAACUGGUCAAUGUUGGAGUUAUAUGCUACCUGAAACAGUUGCUUGAUACGGGUUUCUUCCAUGCUGACCCACAUCCUGGAAACAUGAUUCGCACCCCCGAUGGGAAGUUGGCUAUACUUGAUUUCGGUCUUGUGACGAAAUUGACUGAUGAUCAGAAGUAUGGAAUGAUUGAAGCAAUAGCUCACCUUAUUCAUCGUGAUUACGGUGCUAUUGUUAAGGAUUUUGUCAAGCUUGAUUUCAUACCUGAGGGUGUUAAUUUGGAACCAAUCCUACCAGUCCUUGCUAAAGUAUUUGAUCAAGCACUUGAAGGAGGGGGCGCCAAAAAUAUUAAUUUCCAAGAUUUAGCAGCCGAUUUAGCUCAAAUUACUUUUGAUUAUCCCUUCAGAAUACCGCCUUAUUUUGCUUUAAUUAUCAGAGCAAUUGGAGUAUUGGAAGGAAUAGCAUUAGUAGGGAAUUCGGAAUUUGCAAUCGUAGACGAAGCAUAUCCAUAUGUUGCACAGAGACUUCUUACUGAUGAAUCUCCGCGUCUGCGGAGUGCACUACGAUACACUAUAUAUGGAAAAUCAGGGGUUUUCGAUGCAGAAAGGUUUAUUGAUGUUAUGCAGGCUUUUGAGAAUUUCAUUACUGCUGCUAAAAGUGGAGGCGGGGAGGAUCUGAAUGGAAAUAUGGCUGAGCUUGGCAUUUUACAAAGUCAAACUAGCUAUUCAUUUCCAGGGUUUCCAACAGCAUUGUCUCAGCCGGUACAGCCAGUUCAAACAAGGGCAGCGCUUGCUUUUCUAUUGUCUGAUAAAGGGAACUUUUUCAGAGAAUUCAUUCUAGAUGAGAUUGUUAAAGCGAUAGAUGCUCUUUCAAGAGACCAGUUGGUUCAAAUAACGGCAUUCUUGGGAAUUAGAAAUGCAGCCCCAGUUUUCAGCAUGGUUCCUGUAAGAGCUGCAGCCUUGCUUCCUACAAUCACAGAGGAGGACAGAGUUAUACUGAACAACGUACAAAAAGUAGUUCAAUUUCUAACAGCUGGAACUUCAAGAUCGACAACAGAUCAGGAUGUAAAUAUUACAUACAUCAUCCAAGAGCUUCUUCCAGUGUUGCCAGGCAUCUCUGCAAAAGUUCUACCAGAGGUGCUGAAUCGGUUAUCAUCACGAGUAUUUGCCCGACUGAUACGAGAGACAUUUUUGUAGAGUGUACUCACCAUUUCCCCCCUUUGUAUAUAAAUGUUGUGCUCUUCUCACAAAAGCCUAUAUAAUGAAAUAAAAGCCCAUAUAAUCAAAUCAUGUAUAGUUGUAUACAUUGCUGAGAAAUUAGACUACAGAGCUAGAUUCUGUUCUCUCAAAAAGCCCAAGUGAUUUCAUGUAUAUUAUACUGUCUCCCGUCAUAAUUGCUGUCCUCAAACUUAACGUAAAUUUAACCA